CGAGAGUUCCGCUGUCAAGGGGUUGGGUUUGUGGAUGCUUAUCGCAGGCUUAUUUGUCAGUGGUUGUUUUUAAGUUUGUUUGUUUUGAUUCUGCAAGACAAUUUUGAAGGAUGCCUGGGAUCGAUAAGCUGCCUAUUGAAGAAACUCUUGAGGACAGUCCGCAGACUCGGUCCUUGUUAGGUGUCUUUGAAGAGGAUGCAGCAGCCAUAUCCAACUAUACCCACCAACUGUAUCAAGCCAUGGAGCGAAUUUAUAAUGCUCAGAAUGAAUUAAGUGCAGCAACACAUCUCACUUCUAAAAUCCUGAAGGAAUAUGAAAAGCAGCGAUUUCCAUUAGGAGGAGAUGAUGAAGUUAUGAGUUCUACACUUCAGCAGUUUGCAAAAGUAAUAGAUGAGCUCAGCUCCUGUCAUGCUGUCUUAUCAACUCAACUUGCUGAUGCCAUGAUGUUUCCUGUUACUCAGUUUCAAGAACGAGAAUUAAAAGAAAUACUGACAUUGAAAGAAGUUUUCCAGAUAUCAAGCAAUGAUCACGAUGCUGCCAUCAACAGAUAUGCCCGGCUUUCAAAAAGAAGAGAAAAUGAAAAGGUAAAACUGGAGGUAAUUGAAGAUGUGUAUACUUCAAGAAAGAAACAGCACCAGACAAUGAUGCAUUAUUUUUGCUCCCUGAACACACUUCAGUACAAGAAAAAAAUUGCACUUCUAGAACCUCUUUUGGGGUACAUGCAGGCACAGAUAAGUUUUUUUAAGAUGGGCUCAGAAAAUUUGACUGAACAGCUGGAAGAAUUCCUUACAAAUAUUGGAACAAGUGUGCAAAACGUUCGUAAAGAAAUGGAUUCAGAAAUUGAGAAUAUGCAACAAACUAUCCAGGACCUUGAAAUGGCAGCUAACUUGUUGUAUGUUCCAGAUCCAGAUACUGCAAAAGUUCCAGUAAACAGAAACCUAACCCGCAAAGCUGGCUAUCUCAACACAAGAAAUAAGACUGGAUUGGUUUCAUCUACUUGGGACAGGCUGUAUUACUUUACCCAGGGUGGCAUCCUUAUGAGUCAAGCCAGAGGACAUGUGGCAGGAGGACUUGUGAUGGACAUUGACAACUGUUCUGUGAUGGCAGUAGACUGUGAAGACCGGCGAUACUGCUUUCAGAUAUCCUCCUUUGAUGGAAAGAAAUCAGUUAUUUUGCAAGCAGAAAGCAAGAAGGACUAUGAGGAGUGGAUUACUACAAUCAACAACAUUUCCAAAAGAAUCUACCUUAGUGAAAAUCCGGAGGAGGUUGCUGCUAGAGUAAACCAGUCAGCUCUGGAGGCUGUGACCCCUUCUCCUUCCUUUCAGCAGCGACAUGAAAGUAUGAGACCCCCAAGCCGUGGUAAACCUCGCACUUCUGUCAGUAGCAUUUCCAGUUCCACUGGGCCCGAGUCCCCUGUGCUGUCUGUUCCUCUGUCAUCAAUGUCCCUGGAUUCAAUAGUCACUCCUGAAACACCUAUUCAGUUUGAUAUAAUUUCACCAGUCAGCGAAGAGUUUGCAGGCCAAGCAAAAUUAUCAGGCCAGCCUGGCAGACGGACAAAUCCAUUUGGUGAAUCUAGUGGCACAGUAUCUGAUUCAGAAGAUUCCAUUCUUCAUCAGUUGUUCAUUGUGAGGUUCCUUGGUUCUAUUGAAGUCAAAUCAGAUGAAAGUCCGGAUGUCAUUUAUGAAACAAUGCGUCAGAUUUUAGCAGCUCGAGCUAUUCAUAAUAUUUUCAGGAUGACAGAAUCACAUCUCUUAGUCACAUGUGACAGCCUGAAAUUGAUUGAUCCACAGACACAAGUUACAAGAUUGCGGUUUCCGUUACAUAGUGUGGUAUUGUAUGCCACUCACCAGGAAAAUAAGCGCCUUUUUGGAUUUGUUCUCCAUAUAGCAGGAGGAAAAGUGGAAGGACGGCCAGUUUCUGUAUGCUACGUGUUUGAAUCCAACAAUGAAGGAGAAAAGAUAUGUGAUUCUGUUGGACUGGCAAAGCAGAUAGCAUUACAUGCGGAAAUGGAUCGUAAAACAUCUGAAAAACAAAAAGAAGUUGACAAAGAGAAGGAAAGACAGCAGAAGGAACUGAAUAAACAGAAACAGAUUGAAAAGGACUUAGAAGAACAAAGCCGUUUGAUAGCUGCUUCUAGUAGGCCAAACCCAAGUUCUGGAGAUGGACAGUUUCUUGUGCUUACCAGUAGUGAAACAGAAGAUGGAGUAGGUGUUGAUGGAAAAAAGAAGAUCGAUUCAGAGGCCUGAUAUCAAUUGCCUUCUAAGUUAUCAAGCAUAAUGCUCUUUAAUAUGAAGUAACACAAGAAAAGAUGGACUUUAAUCCACAAAACCAAACAGUCGUACUGACAUUAAAAAGUAUGCUGAACUGCAUAUUUACUGUCAUCAGCCUUCAAAGGAAACGUGGAGAACAUAAGCAUAAACCCGUCUGGUAACUGGGUUUGAAUACCUCUUUCAUUUAUCUCCAGAUUGCAGAGAUACAUGAUUUAUUGGGUCUGUUUGUGGUAAAGAGACCCUUCCUUAUACCUUUACAUUAAUGUUAUUUUUUGUGAAAAGAGUGAACUUUAGCCCUUUACUUUUAGACUAAGAUCAGGCAGAGUGAGAGAGCUGAAGAAUACUUUCAAAACAUUUGAAAUUCUUGUAAGUUGAAAAUGAUAAAGCUGCAUGGUUCUGGCAUUGUGCAUUGAAGUAUUUUCAAUGUAAAAAGAUUGAAGUUUCAUUUUCGUAUGAUUCAUGAAGUUUAUUUCAGAUCUCUGGGCAUGGCUAUUAAAGGAGCUUGUUAAUGUAAAAACAUACAGCUGCUGUUGCAGAAGUUCCCAGUUAACAUAGUUACUAAUGCUUACAUAUCUGUGUUACUUAAUUUGCGAUGUCUGCUCCAAUCUUUGUUUUGCAGACAUUUAUGCAGCCUUUGCAGUUUCCCCUACACAUGGACUGUGCUGACAUUUCCCAACAAAUGUCAGAGGUGUCAGUGUGUAACUAAAACUAUAAACUGUUAGUCUUGUGGUAUAAGCAGGGUGUCUGUGUAAAGCUGAUGUAAUGAGCAGCAUGCAUUUUAUGUAUUAAAUUAAAAAAAUAUUUAGAAGUGUUUGUUACUUGGUAAAUAUGAAUGGUUACUCCUAAAACUGUUGCUCCAGGUGGUGUCUAUGAAUGCAAUUGCUAAAUUAAGGACAUGUUACGGAAUCCUGAAUGACAUUCAGAGUAUCAUGGAUGUUUAAGUGUAAGGGGAAGAUGGGACGAUUCUUGACUAUUCUUUUAGGCACAUGCCUCUGUAAAGUGCAGAAACGGGAUUUCUACUUGCAGUGCCAGGAGGGCCUUAUUGACCAAUGACCUUGAAUCUAGGCAGGCUAUAGAAUGGUGAAAGUUUGGCACAUUAUUUAUUCUGCCCAGUAUCUUAAAUGAGAGUGGAGGACACAUAGAUUGUAUUUGGGAUCUUCUGUCAGAUUUUAGAAAUUUACUGAUGAUAACUGCGAUCUGAUUCUUCUAAAAGGCAUAUCAGAUGCCUUUGCUAAUAUCAUAGCAUCACUACAUAUUGCUGUUUCAGAUGAAACAUGGGAAAAGAAUGGCUCCCUACUGAAAUGUCAGCACUCAAAAUGCCAAGUUCCGAAAAGCCAAAAAACCCCUGAAAACUCAGAGAAGAGUGAAUCUCGAAAAUGACUCUUCUCCUUUAAACUUCUUUUUCCAUGGGAGGCAAGCACCUCUUCACCCUCAUACCCCCUGAGUUUAUGUAUACCAACUCCGAGAUUGCCAAACCUCAGUGAAAAAGGAAUAUUCUGAGAAAUGGCAUCUCAGACUUAGUAUAUGCAAGUCCUGUCUUGCUGCCCUUCACUCUCUGCAUUUCAGGACUCACUGUAGUGGGUCCCAACAUUUCAAACGGUUACUGAAAAAAUCCUUGUGGCUGAGUUGUCUCCCUUCUCAGAAUCAGAGGUCUGAUAAUUUGGGCCUGUAACCAUUAUUACUGUGUCAGUUUUUGGCUUCAUCCUAAUUGGUAAUCCUGUUGCCAAUACUGUAGCUAUUAUAUGGGUUUCAAGACAACUUUCAGUGUAUAAUGAUAGAUGAGCAGCUUUUCUUACAUGGUCCUACUCUGUGAGUUAGUUUACAUUUUUCUUCAGUUGGAAUAAUAGGGCCAGACAAAAGGUAAUCCCUUUGGGACCAGUUUUGUGGCUGCCAGAGAUCAUAAUUAUUCAGUAUGACUGUAUUUCUUAAGGCACUGAGUCUUUUAUUUCUCCCAUUAAAGAAGACUGUAUCAGUGAACCACUCUAGGUAUCUGAAUAUCUGUAACUUGUGUUUUGUUUUCUGCAUUUGUUUCUAAACUGCUUAUUUUGUAAUGUUAUAAAACCCCCAGACAUGCUUAUUUCCUUGUGCUGAAGAAGACAACAGUACUUUUUGGCAAGGCUGUGAAAUGAAGCAUUUUGAAGUAUUUUUUUAUCCUGAAAGAUUGAUUAUUGUAUAAGCACAUACCAGUUUCUCCUUUAAUUAUGAAUAAAAUGUUACUUAAAAUAUUUUCAUUUAAAGGCAACCAUAUAGUCAUAUUCCACUGUCGAUCAAGCAUCCUUUCUAGCUUCUUUUAUUUUUAUGUAAUUCACUAAUUUGUUUAAUAUUGGCCAUUUUUGGAUUAAUAAUUGUGUACAUCUGGCCAUUCAUGAAGAUUGUGUGUAACAGAUUGCACUUUAAACAUGGGUUAUAGAAGAACCUCUUUGAUUUUUAUUAGAUGAAUGGUCAUUGAAAAAGUCCCAGGGUGACAAUUUGGGAUGUAAUCAAACACUAACCAGAAAUGAAAGUAAAAAACAACAUGUAUGUUGUAACUGUUAAAAAAAGUGAAAUACUGUGUAGUGGCAGGGCCACUUUUUUUGUUGGCUAGUUUGUGCCAUAUUGUCGUACCAUCUUUAAUGUACUCUUUUGCACUCUAGUUAAUUUGCAUGAAAACAAAGCCGUCUUUGCCACGUGAAUGUACAAGUGUGUAUGUGUAUACAGAGGCCUUCUUAAUCUGUUAAGUGUAACAUUUCUGAUAACAUCUGAAUUAUCAGGACAGUCAAAGUUACAUGCUGAAAGAGAGCAAAAGUAAUAAUAUAGUAACUACAGUUUGACUUGGACCAUUAUCCAGACAUUAUGCUGUUUGCAUUUGAGAAUGCAUACAAAUGUGUAUCUGCUACAGAGACUAUAAAUAACUAGAUUUUUAUCAGAUUUUUAUGAAUGUUAUUUCAAAUCAUCCUUUAAACUAAUCAGGAUUGUUACCAGUUGAUCCAUUGUUAAAGUUAACAUUUUUUUAAAAAAAUAGUUCAACUUUUAGCAUUUUGUGGAAGACAAUACAGAGCUCUUAAAGUGAGGAUAGCUUUUCCUUGCUACCAUCAUUUUAGUUGAGGUUGCAAUUCAUAGCAUGUAAUGGGUCAUUUUGUUUUAUAGGUGGUAAUUAUUUAAAGUGAUUUGCUAAUGUUUUUAAACAUACCUUAACAUUAUAGCAUGCAGUGUAUAAACUGAUGAACAGCACUUUCCCCAAUCAGGAAACAUUUUGAUCAUACCAUUCCUAUACAGAAUUAAAAUUUGUAGUUUCCUUUCUCUGACGUCACUGAGGAAAAACAAGAAAGUUUGACCACAGUGAUGUAGGCAUAGGCAAAGCAUCUGUUGCGUUCAUAGAAUUUAGUGGGCAUAUCACAGUGCAUUUGUGAAGGUGCCCCCAUUGAAGUCUAUAUAAGUAGCUGAAGACACCUUCUGGUAACGUCACAACUGGAAAAGCUACAUCUUUUUGAGCUGUGGUUCAAUAAAAGUUUAUGAAGCAUUUUAUUAAAAAAAUGGCUCAAAGAGUAAGGAAGGACAAGCUGGAAAGUGCAUCACAGUACUUGACUCAUCGAGUGGCGCAAUGUAUAUAGAAACAUCGGCAAAUCUCUUUAACUCCAUUUUUCAACAACCACUGUGGUCAGGUUUAGUGAGCCCUGUGAGUUUUAUAGAAUGCUGAUAAGGGUGUUCUUUCAAUAUGGUUUGUAUAGAAAAAUGAAUGGGAUCCAGUUAACAAUGCUAUGUAACACUAAUUCGAAAAGGUGUCUGUCACUUUUUUGUAUUUCCAGAUGAACGUAAUUAAUUUCUAAUAAUUUUGGAAUUUUAUGGUGUUAGUUAAUCUUGUUUAACUUUAAAAUGUUAAAUUGUUUUGAUUUUAAAAAAUCUUGCGUCAAACCCUGACUCUCUGAAAAUUUUGAUUGGUAUUAGCUGUAAACACAUUUCCUGUAAUUGUGAAGAAAGUUCUGAAAAAUACAAUUACUAAUGUUCUGGAAAGCAGGACAACAGAGGUGUUUUAAUAUUGUAAGAACUGCCAAGUGCCAGCAGUUCAGUACAAGGGCCUUUUUUCCCAAGGAAAUGCGUGCACUGUAAAUACUGGCAACUGCACUUUGUAGAAAAAUUAAUAUCCAUUAAUUUGAUUUGCUGGUGUCUUGACAACAGUGUUGAAAGUGGUGUUAUUAAUGAUUUGUUAAAAAAACUAAAUAAUGGGAUGGAUGGGUGAAAUAAAACAUUUGUUUAGAUUUA